CCCAACGACGCAGCACCACAGUUUCUUUAGAAACUUACCCCCUCAUUUCAUAAUGACAUAAUCGCAACAUGACGACUAAUUACUUCUUUUUGUUAUUAGAAAUGAACUCUACCCUGGAUUGAAUCGGGAUUACUCUAUAUUGGACUUAGCAGACAGCAUUAAAACUCUCAACAAUAAUGGAACUUUCCAAUACAUGAUGGAUGCUAAUUCUCGUCGUCACUGGGGAGGAAUUUUUGAAGCUCCAACCUCAUACAGCUUCAUGGCAACAAAUGACAAGCAAACGAAAGUGAAUUUAAUAAGAAAAUUUAGCAAAUGGGAGUAUUCAUGGUGGAAGUCGUUAAACAAGCGAAUGCCUUGGUUCGACGCCAAAGGAACUCAUAACAAGGCUCUAUUGACUACUUCCAGCAGUCCCACCCACUACCCCUCGGGUUCUAUCAUAUGGGGUGGCACGGAUCGGCAUCCAGCGGACUGGAUCUGGGACGGUGGAAUGAGAGAUCCCGGAGUGAUCUGGUAUUGGGUGAACGAGGAUGACUGUGACGAGGAUAGAAAACCAGUGGAUGGCGGAUUAACCGAGUGGAGUGAAUGGGGAAGAUGCGAUCAGUUAUGUGAGCCUGGAAAACAGAGAAGGCACAAGACCUGCACCAACCCUAAACGGCGCUGUGGUGGGAAACAGUGCGAUCCCAGCGUGGACACAACAGUCGAAAAACCCUGCAUGUAUUGCCCUGAAAGUGGAAUACGAAGCUACGGCGACUUUUGUGUUGCCCCUAACAAUGCAGGCUGUUCUCCACCUGACGGCACCUAUCUCAUCUUCACCAAAAAAAGAGGCAGGGCUUGUAAUGCGACCGACAUGAUUUUCCUCUUUGACCAGGACGGCGUUAUCCAUCACAAGUGCAGCAAGAAAGUGAUCUGUCCCCAGGACAAUAAUCCUACUUACGGGAAGAAACUUAUGCUGAAGGACAAAUGCGAUCUGAGCAUUUCCAAGCACGUCAGAUUGGCAGAUGGUUCUUCAUUGAAGAAUUUGAAGCAUAACUUCUGCGUUCACCCAAAUGGAGGAUGGCCUGGUGAGGGUGUCAGCUUGUUGUACUGGCCGGAAUGUUCAGAGGACAGGUUGAGGCUUGACUUCUUUGAUCUCGAUCCCCCAACAGCUGCCUGAUCGUCAAGAAGGAGAAUGCGGGGUUAGAUGUUUAAGAAAAGAGUUAUAGCAGAUGUAUAACGAUAUAGGAUUUCGUGAAAAAUCGCAUUAAACUUGGAUGGAAAAAAAAUAAAAUAAAAAAGAAGUUAAUCUCAACAUUUUGCAUUUGAAUAUUUAUUU